AUGAGCGUUAAACAGGAAGAUCAACUUAAAGAGAAAAUAUUGAAUGUAGCCAGAAAAAAUCCAAAAGGAAUAUCGCAUAAAGAUAUCACAGCGGCUAUACCUGAUAUUUCAUCUGCUGAGUUGGUUACCGCUAUUAACGAACUAUUACAGCAAGAAUAUUUUGAUUUAUUUAAUCAAAAUGGGGCUCUGUUAUACAGGUUAAAAACUCAAGUAAACAAACAAGCAGUCAAGGGUGCAGAUAAUGAAGAAAAAGUUGUAUUUAAUCUAAUAGAGGAAGCUGGAAAUAAAGGGAUAUGGAUUCGUGAAAUCAGAAUAAGAUCAAAUUUAGCUAAUACACAGCUAACUAAAGUCUUAAAAAGUCUUGAGAGCAAGAAACUCAUUAAAGCUGUCAAAUGUGUUAAUGCUUCUAAGAAAAAAGUAUACAUGCUCUACAAUUUAGAACCCGACAGAUCUAUCUCUGGAGGAGCAUGGUAUCAAGAUCAAGAUUUUGAAUCUGAAUUUGUAGAUAUAUUAAAUGUGCAAUGCUUAAGGUUUUUGAAUCAACGAUCAGAUAAGAUUAAAAACAACCCACGAGGACCAAUUGUUGGCAGAACACAAUCUUAUGCCACUGCAUCUGAAGUCCAGAAAUACAUUACAGAUCUCGGAAUAAGUAAGGUACAACUGGAUGUCGAAGAUGUAAUCACAAUAUUAAAUACUUUGGUUUAUGAUGGUAAAGCUGAAAGUAGUGUGUACCCAGACGGAAGCAAAGUAUAUCGGUCUAUAGACCCUCUCAUACCAGCACCAGGACUUGUUCAAGUGCCAUGUGGAGUCUGCCCUCUUGUACACAAAUGUUCUACCACAGGACUGAUAACACCACAAGAGUGCACAUAUAUGACUGAAUGGCUUGAGUAA